GUAUGGACGUGAGCCGCGGGCUGGAGCCUCUGCCGGUAUCCGUGCGGCCCCGGCUGGAGGAACUCCCGGCGUUCCAGUAUAGUCCUGAUCACGUGCCUGGACCUGGAGGCAAACCAGACCCAUCUGAGAUCUCCUUCUCUGGAUGCAGCUGUCAUUCUGCUUCCUGUCUGGCCCCAACAUGUUCAUGUCUUCACUAUGGAGAAAAUUAUAAAAAAAUGUCCAUUGAGACGGAAGGAUGUGAACUGGGAUUUUCAAAGCCUGUUUUUGAAUGCAACACUAUGUGCCAGUGUGGAGAGAUGUGUCAAAAUAGAGUCGUUCAACGGGGCUUACAGUUCCAACUUGAAGUAUUCAAGACCACUGAAAAAGGGUGGGGUCUUCGUACCCUGGAAUUCAUACCCAAAGGACAAUUUGUGUGUGAAUAUGCUGGGGAAAUUCUAGACAUUCAGGAAGCACGUAAAAGGAUUCAGUUGCAGACAUCAUGUGAUUCAAAUUACAUUAUAGCAGUUAGGGAACACUUGUAUGAUGGGACGACCAUAGAGACUUUUGUAGACCCCACAUAUAUUGGCAAUGUUGGUAGAUUCCUGAACCACUCCUGUGAGCCCAAUCUCUUUAUGGUGCCUAUCCGAAUAGACUCAAUGGUGCCUAAGUUAGCACUUUUUGCUGACCGUGAUAUCUGUGCAGAUGAAGAGCUCACAUACGAUUAUUCUGGAAAAUACCAUAAUUUUCUGCCCAUAGAAGAGCAAAGCAGCAAGCAAGAAGGGAAAGAAUCAAAGAAACCUUGCUUUUGUAGAACUAAAUCAUGUGCAGGUUCCUUGCCUUACGACAGUUCUUUAUUCCAGAAAGAUGCUAAGAGAAAGUAAUCCUGAAGAAAAAGUCUGCAAAUUGAAGAGAGCAGCCGUGUGCUUCUUUUAAAGCUUCUUGUAGGAAUGUCCAGAGGUGAUAAAAUUAGCCUUACAUACACACAUGCCUACGCUCAAAAUGCAGCGAUGCUUAUUAAAGUGGCUGAAUGUAUUUAAUUAUGCACAGAUGAAGUGUCUUUCCAUUCAGAACAUCAGUUGUAACACGAAAUAUGUCAGGGUCAGAGAAGUUGUAAAUACUGUAUCAAACAGAUUGAAAUCUUGCCCUGAAGAAGGUCCAAGAAAUGAUAAUGGAAUAUCAAAAGAUAUUAC